AUGAAUUCAGGUGGAUUCGCUGUUCUCUCCCUCAUGACACACACGGCCAUUGAGAAGGUGAUGAUGAAGACAGCGAUCAGCUACAAUGCCACUUCAUAUGUGAAUCACACCAUAGAGGAACUUGACACAGCAAUGGACGGUUUCAACGGAACUAAUAUUCUUGGGAAUGGUACAUCGCUGAUUGAAGAAAUUACAACGGAAAUGUGGACGGACGGUGUCAGUCCUGUGAAGGAGAUACACGUUGCUACUACCAUUAUUUUCUUCGCUGGUUGUAUACAGUUGACUUGCCUUUUCUCAUCGCUGGCCUUGGUUCUGGUCAUCCUAUAUAUCGGACCUGCAUUGGAGUAUCUCCCACAAUGCAUCCUGUCUACUAUGAUCAUUGUUUCACAAAGAGCAAUGUUUGCAAAAUUCUCGGAACUCCGAGAACUUUGGCCUGUGUUCAAAGUCGAUUUUUUGACUUGCCUUUUCUCAUCGCUGGCUGGCUUGGUUCUGGUCAUCCUAUAUAUCGGACCUGCAUUGGAGUAUCUCCCACAAUGCAUCCUGUCUACUAUGAUCAUUGUUUCACAAAGAGCAAUGUUUGCAAAAUUCUCGGAACUCCGAGAACUUUGGCCUGUGUUCAAAGUCGAUUUUACUAUAUGGUUGAUGAGUAUGGUACUGACAGUUUGCUUCGACAUGGGAGAAGGCCUACUGCUUGCCACGGGCUUCGCUGUGUUAACAACGAUAAUCCGAAUGCAG